GCGCAUCAGCGCACCCUAUAUAUCAUUUACUGUAAAUUUCCGCCGGGAAGAAAAGUCUGCGUUUCUGCACCAACCCUACACGACGAACAAAGAGAUAGAAGAAACCUUCUUCUUCUUUCUUCUAUCAUCGGAGAAUUCGACUCUUCUUUAUCUUUUGAGAUUCUCUAAUUCUCUUUUUUGUAAGAGUUUCGUGUGAGAGAGAAGCGUAAUGAGCUGCUUUGGUUGUUGUGGUGGUGAGGAUUUCCGUAGAGUUGCUGAAACUGGACCAAAGCCAGUGCAUAACACAGGAGGUUACAAUGGAGGUCACCAUCAAAGGGCAGAUCCACCCAAGAACCCUCCAGUCAUUCAGAUGCAGCCUAUCUCUGUUGCGGCCAUUCCAGCUGAUGAAUUGAGGGAUAUAACGGAUAACUAUGGUGGAAAGUCCUUGAUUGGUGAGGGUUCAUAUGGAAGAGUGUUUUACGGUAUUCUUAAAAGCGGUAAGGCAGCUGCCAUUAAGAAACUGGAUUCUAGUAAGCAACCAGAUCAAGAAUUUCUCGCCCAGGUAUCAAUGGUUUCGAGAUUGCGACAAGACAAUGUUGUUGCGCUUCUGGGCUAUUGUGUUGAUGGCCCACUCCGUGUUCUUGCUUAUGAAUAUGCUCCUAAUGGAUCUCUUCAUGAUAUUCUUCAUGGUCGAAAAGGUGUUAAAGGAGCACAGCCAGGUCCUGUUCUGUCAUGGCACCAGAGAGUCAAAAUUGCUGUUGGUGCGGCUAGAGGACUCGAGUACUUGCAUGAGAAGGCAAACCCUCAUGUUAUCCACAGAGACAUCAAAUCCAGCAAUGUACUUCUGUUCGACGAUGAUGUUGCGAAGAUUGCUGAUUUUGAUCUGUCCAACCAAGCCCCUGACAUGGCUGCACGCCUUCACUCAACCCGUGUGCUCGGAACCUUUGGCUAUCACGCUCCAGAGUAUGCAAUGACGGGGACGUUGAGCACAAAGAGUGAUGUCUAUAGUUUUGGCGUUGUUCUGCUGGAGCUCCUCACAGGUCGUAAACCAGUUGAUCAUACCUUACCGCGUGGACAGCAGAGUCUUGUGACAUGGGCAACCCCUAAACUGAGUGAAGACAAGGUGAAGCAGUGUGUUGACGCAAGACUAAACGGAGAAUAUCCUCCCAAAGCUGUUGCUAAGCUGGCUGCUGUAGCUGCGCUGUGUGUGCAAUAUGAGGCAGACUUCAGGCCAAACAUGAGCAUAGUGGUGAAGGCUCUUCAGCCAUUGCUCAAUCCUCCUCGCUCUGCUCCCCAGACUCCGCACAGGAACCCGUAUUGAUAUGCUCCAGUUUGAUGUUCACCCUUUAUGAUCAUCACUAUUUCAUUUGUUUUUGUUUGAAUCCGAUUUGUGUAAAUUUGUGAAAUAGGCUUUUAUUUCUCUCAUAAAAUCCUGCCACUUCA